UUCAAUUUUUCAGGAUAAUUCUGGUCUCUACAAAAACCUUCUACAAGAGUUGGUUCAAAAAUUGGUUCAAAAAGAAGGAUUUUCUCUACCGGUUUAUGAUACAAAUAGAUCUGGUGAAGGACGUGAAGCAAUUUUUGUUUCAACUGUGGAGAUACGGGAGGUUUUUAAAGGACAUGAAGCAAGGACCAAAAAGCAGGCGGAGAUGAAUGCAGCAAAGAUUGCUUACACUACUCUGAAAGAGCAUAUGCAGCAUUUUUACAAGAACCAGCUGCAAAACUAUGCUCAAAAGAGAAAUCUCCGUCUACCUGUGUACUCUUGUGAACGUGAAGGCCCUCCUCAUGCCAGUCACUUCAGGUGUAAGGUCACAGUUGAUGGACAGACCUAUGAGAGCCCAGAAUUCUUUUCCACAUCGAAGGAUGCUGAACGUGCAGCUGCAAAAGUCGCUUUGACAUCAUUGGUGCCAGAUGGAGCUAAAGAGGAUAAUUCUGGUCUCUACAAAAACAUUCUACAAGAGUUGGUUCAAAAAGAAGGGUUUUCUCUACCAGUUUAUGAUACAAAUAGAUCUGGUGAAGGACAUGAAGCAAUUUUUGUUUCGACUGUGGAGAUACGGGAGGUUUUUAAAGGACAUGAAGCAAGGACCAAAAAGCAGGCGGAGAUGAAUGCAGCAAAGAUUGCUUACACUACUCUGAAAGAGCGUAAGUCAGGUCAGGGCCCCUUGAUUGUAUCUCCUGCGCACAAAGGAAAAGAAACUCCUGAGAUCUCAUCUUCUAGCUUGCAACCAAAUGUCACUGCUGAUCUGCAACAGCUUGUUGGAGCUACCAUGAAUUUGAACCUAUGCACCAUUGCUGAAAGGCAAGCUGGGGAGGACAGAGGACCUGAUACCAUUAUAACAUGUAACGGAGGUUCUUCGGUGGACGCUUCAUAUGGCUAUGCACCAGAUACACUCUUCUCUACCCCUUGCAAGUCUGAAAAUGGCCUAUCUUCACAUUCUUCAACUAAUUUGGUUAUGGACUCAAGUCUUGUGCCACCAGCUGAAACAAUUAUCUCAUCUUGUAAAAGAAUAUUUGUUCACCCGCGCCUGCCAAGCAUGACAAUUCCUAAGGGCUACACUAUAUUGCCCAAGAGUGAUGACAAAUGGGUUGCUUUCUCCCCUAAUUGAGAUAGCAGGCUGACCAGUUUUGUUUCUAAUGACCAUUUAGUGAUAUUUAUGAGCUCACAAUUGUACAUGUACAUUUAUAAACACUAGAAGGUUGCCUGCGCGUUGC